AAAGGUCAGUUUGGAUCAAGAGGAGGAGGAGGUGACAGAUGUAGUUUGUGUGGAGUCACACCUUAAAGAUGGAGAAAUGAUGGAGGUGGAGGUGGGUCAACACAAUGUUUUGCUGGUACGCUGUGAUGGGGUUUACAGUGCCAUCAGCAAUCAAUGCACACACUAUGGUGCUGCACUGAGCAAAGGUGUCCUGUCAGGUAACAGGGUUCGCUGUCCCUGGCAUGGUUCCUGUUUCAAUGUGAAGACUGGAGAUCUGGAGGAGUAUCCUGGAAUUGACUGUUUGCCCUGCCACAAGGUUAAAAUUGAAAACAGCAAAGUCUACGUGUCUGUUAAAAGAAAGAUUCAGGGUCAACCUAAGAGAUUAAAGUGGAUGGGAGUAAGAGAUGAAGGAGUAAUUCACACUGUGAUGCUCUUAGGAGGAGGAGCGGCUUCCCUGAUCUGUGCUGAGACACUUCGGCAAGAAAACUAUGGUGGCAGAAUUAUCAUGGUGUCUAGAGAUGAUCUCCUUCCAUAUGACAAAACCAGACUUAGUAAGGUAAUGAACGCGGAGAGUGACAGUCUCCUAAUGAGAAGAAUGGAGUUUUUCCAUACGCAUGAUAUUGAAGUCUGGCUGAAAAAAGAGGCUUUAUCAAUAGACACAAAUAAGAAAACAGUGACAUUUGAUGAUGGCUUAAUCCAGAGCUAUGACCAGAUUCUUAUUGCAACAGGGUGCAGAGCAAAAUGUUUGGACUGCCCUGGUGCAGACCUAGAGAACGUGUUCAUGCUGGAGACACCAGAAGAUGCCAGGAGCAUCCACUAUGCCUGUAUAGGCUGCAGGACAGUCAUUGUGGGCACUUCAUUCGUUGGCAUGGAAGUGGCAGCAUACAUGAUAGAUAUGGCCAGCAGUAUCACGAUCAUUGGAGCCACCGAGCUACCCUAUCAGGGGACCUUGGGCCGAGAGAUAGGAAAGCUCACCAUGACAAUGCUGGAGGAAAGGGGAGUGGUGUUUCACAUGAAUGACGCCAUUGCUGAGGUUCAAGGCGAGAACAGGAGGGUUAAGGCUGUGAAACUGAGGAGUGGCACCAUUCUUGAAGCGGAUGUGUUAAUAGUUGGAAUUGGUGUAAAUCCCAAUUCAGAGUUUUUGAAAAGUAGUCCCAUAAGGAUGGACUCCAAAAACUAUGUCAUUGUAGAUAAGUACAUGAGGACCAAUAUAAGAGACGUCUACUGUGCAGGAGAUCUCACCUCCUUCCCUCUGAAAAUAGCUAAAGGCCAGAGAGUAAACAUUGGCCAUUGGCAGGUAGCACAGGCACAUGGAAGGAUCGCAGCCUUCAGCAUGUUGCACAGAGAGGUGGAGCUGAAUACAGUGCCAUUCUAUUGGACGGUCCUGCUGGGAAGAACCAUUCGAUACGCUGGGUAUGGAGAGGGAUACACCGAGAUGGUGCUGAAAGGGAAAUUUGAGAACAUGAAAUUUUUGGCACUUUACCUCAAGCAUGAUGAAGUCGUGGCUGCAGCAGGACUGAAUGUUGAACCUGCAGUUUCAGUGGUGGCGGAGAGAUUGGCAGAGGGACGAAUUAUAACCAAGGCCGAGGCAAAGUCAGAUGACCUUAGCUGGUUAAAGCUCCAGCCCCUGUGACCCCUGACAACAGUCUGAACUCAGAAUCAUCCUGACUCAGUUUUUCUGUCCACAAUCCAUCCCAUCCACUCGUGUCUUUACUCAACAGACUCAAACUCAGAUAUUUUGAUAUUCAUUGAUAGAGGCGGGUAUAUUACAGUAUGUCUCAUCAAAAGUCUUGUACACAGUUCACAGAUUUUGCCUUUUUUAUAUUCAUAUUCAGAACAGAGACUUGAAACUCUUACACAACUACAGAUGAAGCAGAAACUUUUAUGAUAUUUUUGUAUAACUGUAAUUCUUCUCUAAUCACUGUUAUCUGUGCUUCAUGACAGAAUGUAAGCUUUGGCUCACAAGUUUCAUUUUGUCAGAAUUAUUGUGAACUUUACACACACAGUAUUUCAAACCCAUUAUUCUAAUUAGUAUGAUUUUAUAAAAAGAGAAGUGAAGUGUAAAGGUGACGCAGUGUAUGGUAACUUACUUGGAAUGUGACUGCAAGUGCACACACACAUUGACAUUAUUUUCAACCAUUGGGUCAAAAAGGGAUGAACCCAACCGAUGGGCUGUAAUUUAACUAGGUUGUCCCAAUAACCUAGCCUGACGUUGUCAUACUCAAUUCUAGUCAGAAUUUGAGUCAGAUACCGCUCCAUUGAGCUAAAAUUAUGAGGCGUGUCUCAACCGAAAAAUGCCUUUGCACUCAAUUGGAUAGACAUACGACCAAUCAGCGCAACGGAGUGUGUGAUGUUGAAAUGGCGUCUUUAGCAGCCUGACCGAACUGCUAGUAAUUUCGCUACAAUGAUACUAACAUCAUUGUAAUUAUACUAAGUCUGAGUUAGCGAAGGUACAUCAACACCUACUAUGUUUACAACAUUUCAUUUAUAUCACAACAUUAA